AUGUGCACCACCGACGUAUACACCGACGUCUACCCAGACGGCCGCAGGAGCGAAUACCAGAACCCAACAUUCUGCUCUCACUCCCGCAACGGCCGCCUCUGCACCAAUCCCGUCGUCUACAAUCACCCACCUCGUGCUGUUGGCUACCCUACUGCCCAGCCGUCGACCUCAUACCCUUACCCUCAGCAGAUGCCGCCUACGCCGCCUAUGAGCUCACCGCGCAAUCCUUCUGCUGAGUCUUCUCGUGCUCGGAGGGAAUCGAGCUCGAGCGAGCGAAACCACCGGCCUUCUGGUGUCUAUGUCAAUGGCCAGAAGGUUCUCGACUUGAACCGCAAGAACCGCUCACGCAACGAGCGCAUUGUGAUUGUCGACUCUCCUCCGACCCCGCGCACACCUCCCAAGCAGUUUGCCAUGCCUUAUACCGCGCCCCCUUCUCCCAACGCCGGCGGCACUGCCCCUCAGUUUGGCUACAGCCAUGUACCUCGCGGGUCCCUCCGUCCGGUCAUCGUUGACGAGCGCCCGCGGCCUAAGGUUGAGAUUGAGGUUAUCGACAACGGCCACCGCCGACACCACUCCUCUGACUCGCGACACAGCCACUCCAGCGCCGAGGACGAGGAGCGCCGCCGGCGACGUCGCGAGAAGGAGCGCAAGGAUCGUGAGGAGAGGGAGCGCGCUGAGGAGGAGCUUCGCCGGGAGCGCAUGCGUGCUCGCAUUGAGGAGCAAAACAAGAAGAUUUCGCGCCGCCCCGCUGUGCCUGUCCCUCCGGCGCCACUCAAACGCUCCUCGACUGGUUACGCCAACGUUCCCCUGACUGCGGACCAGGAACUCAUUGACGCCGUGCGCCGUCUAGAGAUUAACGAGCGUCGUGCCGCUGACCGCCGGGAGCGCGAGCAGCGCGAGCGCGAGGAGGAGGAAGAGGCGCAACGCCGUCGCUUGAUGGAGCGCAUGAUGCCACGGCGGAGGGCGACAGUUGGGCCCGGCAGCCGUCGGCACCGGGUUCUCUACGAUGAUGGACUUUACCGCUGGGAGUAA